CUAAUAAGUCUCUCAGAAGGAUAAAAAUUACUAUGCAACAUUUAGUUAAACCUAACCAAUUACUUGACAACAUCAUCAACCUCUUUUUUUCGUAAAUGAAUGAUGAAUUAUUAGAAAUUAUACACGUACAUAAGAUAAAGAAAAAGACCACCGUGGUAUUGAAUAGCCCUAAAAAUUUUAUAAUUAAUAUGGAAGAUAACAUGUGUAGAACUAAAUAUUAAAAAAAAAACUUAUUUUAGUCUACAAAUUUUCAACGUGACGUGAUCAGAAUUCAUUAAUAGUAAAAAGUAAAAAAACUCACUUGUUACAAAAUAAUACUGUUUGAUACAGGUAUAUAUAUAGUCAACAGUCAAUUAAGAAUAUAGUCUUUUUCCCUUUCCAAGGAAUCAUCAUUAAAGAAUUUGCAUAGUGAACAGUUAUAUUCAUUUAUUGUUCUAUAAAUCAUAAUUUAUUAUACAUCCUAAACCUUGUAUCAUAUGAAAGGUGAUACUUUGAAUAGUCGAAAUCCUAGUUCAUUGUCGAACAAUGUCUACUGGUGAUGGUAGUGCCAUUCACUUCUUCAAGAAAAUUGAUGAAGACACACUUCGAAAUGGGGAUCUGAGAAUACCUCGGAGUUUUGUGAGUAAAUACUGGCAAGAUAUAUCAAAUCCACUGCAUCUUCUUCUUCCCAAAGGUGCUGAAUGGGAAGUGAAGUGGAGAAAAGUUGGUGCUGACAUUUGGUUAUUUGAUAAAUGGAAGAAAUUUGCAGAAUUUUAUUCUUUGGACGAAAAUGAUCUCUUGAUGUUCAAAUAUGUGGGUAUGUCUCGGUUUAAGGUGACCAUACUUCAUCAAACUGGCUUGGAAAUUAUGUACCCUUUAAAGGAAUCAAAUUUAGAUAAUGCAGAGAAUGUUAAUGGUAAUUCUUCACUACACUUCAAGAAGACAAAAUCUUCUUUACCACGUUGUCGUUUUAGCAAGAAGGUGAAAACCAACUGUAGAAACCCACCUAAUAUCUCUGAAGAUGUUACAAAUAGAAGUGGUCCAUCUCUUAGCAUCAAGGAGGAGUUAGAUGAACAAAAUGCAAAUGGUUUUCAUAGUACAAAAUUCCAAAAAAGAGGUACAAAAAGAAAACCCUCUGCCUGUAAUUUUUCAACUAGAAGUGGCACUGCUAUGGAGAGAGCUGAAUCUUUCCGCUCUGAGAAUCCCUUCUUCAUUCGUAAAAUGCAACCAUCAUAUAUUCAAAGACAUAUGAUGGGGGUGCCGAGUAGUUUCGUAACAGAAGCUGAAGAAGAUGUGCAUGACCGUGUUACUCUUUGGACUUCUGAAAGCAGACCUUGGCAUGUUGAAUUUUAUCGGAAUAAUAGCAGUAACCAAAUAAAUUUUACUACUGGAUGGAAGAAUUUUGUAAAGGAUAAUAACUUGCGACUAGGGGAUGUAUGUGUUUUUGAGAAAAUCAAGAAAUCGGGAAUUUCAUUCAAAGUUAUAAUUUUUAGAGACACAGAAGAAUCAAGUUCUCCUAGGUUUUCAGAUCAUUCAAUUCCUGAAUGCAAAGAAAGGGAGUUGGAGAAUCACUUCAGUGUCUGCCUCAAACCUAAGGAUUUAUAUUAUGUGAAUCUUCCAAGGGAUUUCUUUAAAAAUCAUGGUAUUCGUCAUUCAAAUGCAGUGAUCCUGGAAGUUGGGAAGAAAUCAUGGGAUGUGAAACUAGACCCUUACUGUAGAUUCACCGUUGGGUGGUGUGAAUUUAUUAGAGGGUGUCAAUUGAAGCCUGGAGAUGUUUGUCGAUUCGAGCUGAUGGAUAAGAAAAAGAUUGUGUUUGAAGUUACCAUUGUAACAUGCAUGGAGUGAUGUUUCUCUCUCUGUAUUACUUUUGAAACCUAUCUAGUUUAAUCUAUGUUUUCUUUAAGGAAUUUGACAUUAAUGAAACUUUAUUUAA